AUGGCCGACAACACACCAAACACUCGGAAGUGUCUAGGAGCAGACUGUGCAAAUGAUGCCGGUAAUCUGCAAUGCCCGACAUGUCUAAAGACGGGCGUCAAGGACAGCUACUUCUGCUCCCAGGACUGCUUCAAGAGGAACUGGAGCCAACAUAAAACCACCCACAAGCCAGCCCAAGUCACCCGAUUACACAAUCCAUUCCCAACAUUUCCCUUUACCGGUUCUGUGCGACCCGUCUACCCUCUUUCGCCCAGGCGCACCCUCCCCAAGUCCAUAAAGCACCCUGACUGGGCCGAGACGGGAAUACCAGAGCGCGAGAAUCGCCUCAAUAGAUUUAAGGUUGAUGUUCUGGACGCCAAGGGUCAGGAUGCGAUGCGCAAGGCUUGUCGACUGGCUCGAGAAGUUCUGGACGUCACCGCUGCGGAGCUCAAGCCAGGCAUCACCACAGACUACCUUGACGAGGUGUGCCACAGAGCCUGUGUGGAACGAGAUGCGUAUCCAUCUCCAUUGAACUACAAUCACUUUCCGAAAUCACUGUGCACUUCACCAAACGAGGUCAUCUGUCAUGGGAUACCUGAUCAGCGGGUCCUUCUUGAUGGCGAUAUCCUCAAUCUCGACAUUUCUCUGUACCACGGCGGUUAUCACGCCGACCUGAACGAAACGUACUAUAUUGGCGACCGAGCUAAAGCCAACCCAGACGCGGUCCGGGUGGUUGAAACCACCCGGGAGUGCCUGGACAAGGCCCUCGAACUUAUAAAGCCUGGCACUCCGAUACGCGAGUUUGGCAAGGUCAUCGAGAAGCACGCCCGGUCCAGAGGCUGCAACGUAGUCACUACUUGGGGCGGCCACGGCAUCAACACCGAGUUCCACCCCCCGCCCUGGAUACCACACUAUGCCAAGAACAAGGCAGUCGGGGUGUGCAAGCCCGGCAUGACUUUCACUAUCGAACCGAUACUUACGCUGGGGAAACCCCGCGAGGUUUACUGGCCGGACGACUGGACGAAUACGACAGUUGAUGGCAAGUGGACUGCUCAAUUUGAGCACACCUUUCUUGUCACGGAGUCCGGCGUCGAGGUCUUGACUGCGGGCAACGAAAACUCGCCAGGAGGACCCGUGCCAAUGCCAGUGUCAACGGAUGGGGCCAAGUCUACAGCUUCGGAAAUUGGAGGUGACAGUGCUCCUAGUUGA